AAUCAACCAAAAGUUCGCCUUCAACAAUCUUCUCGCGAAACAAGCAUUGGUGACUCUGCUCUAGUCCUUCGCCCGUUCGCUUCGACUGUAGAACGUUAUUUAUACAUAACUCGGCAUCUUCAAGAGAGCAGGCGGGCUACUUAAUGGCCGACAUAUGAUGGCCGACUUCUCUUCCGUGUUCCUCAUUGUUCCACCGUUUUGGACUUCUACCCGAGUCGUGCACGCUUCAUUUUACGUCCAUGGCUCACUCGAUGCACCAGGCUGCGCCUGGAAUACAAAUCAGAUCGAGGGGUCGUCUUUUCAGUGCUUGCAGAUGCAUGCAGACAAUUUCGAUCUGCUGGCGUUGUUUAGGUUGAUGGGCCUCAGCGGUUGCGUAAACGACAACGGCCCUCUACCCUGGACACGAUGCCUGUCAAGAUGCCUGUCAAGAUGCCUUCAUGCUGUUGGACACCCAGUGAUCUAAACGCGUUGACGAGUUGCUUGCUUUCUGUCUUUGAACGCCAAAUUCCCAUCUCCUUCUUAGCAGCUUGCCGUUCAUUUCGUACUAUUUCACCCCAUGUUUGUUCCGAUCAUCACUCAGGAGCCCUUCGUAGCAACGGGCUGCUAAAAUGAGGAUACAGGCAAACCUGGGGCUGGCUUUGCGUAUCAUGAUUCAAGGUUCAGUGAGUUAGGAGAACGACAUGUCGCCCUCUCUGAUUAGACUACGAUAACGUUCGCAUCUAGAGCUUUCAUCACGACCACAUGCGGAU